CUUGAUCACCCAGCAGCUUCGCUCCGAAAGAUCUGAUUGAAAUGCAGGACGUUCACAGAGUACAACUACGAUCCUGGAACCCAAAAAGACAAUAGGAUUGAUUAUAGGCCCGCUCAUGAGAAAAUUGGAUUCAGACUGAUUCAGUUGCGGAUCUUCACGGCAUGCCAUGAGUCAAUACGACAAAUAAGACUUCGAAUAGCAAACGUAAACAGCGAGCCAAAUGAGAGGAAUUUUCUUUAGCGACAAUCUUUGGGCGGCACUUUAUUCUAAGCGUUUCCACUGAUGUAGCAGUUUCGUAACAGGAUGAGAUGUGAGUUUUUGAUUGCUGAUCGCGUAUAAUGACGAGUUUCAUCUUACCGACAUCAUGAACAUUCAUUUCGAGCACGCACUGGCUGUCAAUUCCGGCGGUGUCUCCGUGAUUCCGCGAAAUUUGAAAUGGCGUGGCGAAAACCUUCUGACCACCGCAGACGACCAUGUCUUGCGGGUGUUUCGGGGUGCAAGAGCCAGCGACAAAUCCGAGAAUGCUACCGCAUUCCAGCUCGCAGCCGAGUACCAUUGUGGUGAGCCUGUUCUUGAUUUCUGUUGGGCACACGAGAGCAGGAGGCGAGAAAGCCCAGAGCCGGGUGAACAUCGCGAUGGAAAUGCUCUUCAUUCCGCCUCCCGAGAAGGGGAUGACUCGCACGGGGUUGUUGCACCUCAAGACGAGGUGUCCAGCAUACAAGCCGCAGGCAUCGAUUCUGUGGUCGCGGCUGAAGCGGGUGUCGAAAGUACUGCUUCUGGACCCGCAGCGGACCACACGGCGACGAUAGAAUCUUCGGGAGCAGAAUCUCUGAAAGUAGGCGACACUGGGAAACAUUUCAAGUUCAACAGCGACCCCAGCUCAAACUCUCCGCGAUUCUUUGUUUCCUGUCGCGGUAGACCCAUUCAUCUGAUGGGGUUCACGGACGAAGCAGGAGAUGAAGCGAGCGAGCAGCAGCUUGCGAUCAUCGGCAGCUACCCUGGUUACAACAACGUAGACGAGGUAACUCACGCGUUUUCGCUUGCGACUUCUUCCACCCACAUCUUCGGCGGGUACGAAUCUGCGGUCCGCAUGUUCGACGUGAACCGCCCGGGGUACCGGAACCGAACGGAGUUGCUGACGAGCACGCGGAAGCGAAACUUCGGCAAGGACAGUCCGCACGGCAUCAUCGGUGCGCUGUCAUUCAACGAAGCGACGCAGGCACUGUGUGUCGGUAGUUACAACGGACAAAUUGCGGUGUACGACCCGUUUCGGAGUCGGAACAUGGUGUGGAAACAGGAGAUAGGGACAAAUCCCGAGGUGCGGUAUAACAGACCAGCGACAGGCAAUAGCAAAGCGGCGAAGAAAAAGAAAGUAAGGCCUCCGCGAGAGUUGUUGCGGAGUUUCUGCGAAGUAGCUCCUGGAGAUGAAGGCAAUAGCAAUUCCAGCAGUCGGAUGGGCGGGAUUACGCAGUUGGAGUGGAUUGACGAGUACUGCGUUCUGUCCGGGCACCGCAAGGACCACUAUCUCCGCUUCUGGGAUUUGAGGAUGAACCAGCGCGGCCCGGUUUACCGUCUGCCGAGGAGCAGCAUGAAGACGUCGCAGCGCUUGCAGUUUUGCGUCACCGACUACUGCUGCAUGAGUGGCGACGACCAGGGAAACCUGCACUGGUACCGCUUGGACACUGGUGAGUGUGUCAGGAGCGAAUUUCUGGGUGCGGAGGAGGUGGUGAGUGGCUGCGAUUGGUCACUGGAAUCGCCGUUCAUCGCAACGUGCCAAGGCAGCCGGAAGUUCGUAGAGGACGAAGCAUACGAAGUUUUUGAUCGAAGAAGUAAAUGCUCAGGCGGUCUGCCGAAGGCAUUCGACUCCGAGUUACUUCGCCUGAAGCGAAGACGGGUGGAUCAUGGAGAUGACGUGCAAAAUACAAAGAGCAUGUUUCAGCAGAGUGGCACUGCCGUGUCCUCUAUUCCGGAGGUGUGCGAAAGCGACGAUUUUUCUGCGGACCCGCAGGCGAAUUUAUUUAGGAUCUGGCGAAUGGGUGGACAGGAAGCGAUCGCUGCGCCAGGGAAGCAGAAUCCUCAUGAUGAGAGGGUCCGGAGUGUUGAUGGUGAUGCACAUGCACUCAUUGAAAAUGUGCAGCAAGAAACAAACGCUUCGCAACAAAACCAGGACGGUAGUGGGGAGGCCGAAAGAAUUUCACAAGCACGAGUGAAGACGGGGAUUGCUAUCCGUAGUGGCUGUGUUGUAGACGCGGCGACAGCGAGUUCAAAUAUUAUCGAGUCGAGCAAUGUUGCGCCCUGUUCUAGCAUUUUGGUUGGCCCAUCACUGGCAGCAGCUGGAAUUUCAGUUCUUUGAUGGAUGCCGUGAUGUCAAUGCGAAGAAACACGAUCUCCAUCCGGGCGCAAAAAAUAAUCAAAGAAGAGCAAUUAUAGUACAAAAGCGCACUUUGGGCGCUAUUACCUUUGAGAACAAG